AUCAAACAUGGUUACCAUAAUAAAACAAUGCAAAAAAUCACAGAUUAUAAAUUGAUAGAUUGUUUAAACAAAAAGAUUUAAGUUUAAGUUGAAAAAAGCAUUCAGGUAAACAAUGAAUUACCAUCAACUAUUUUUGAUAAAAAGUAUUUACAUAACUGCAGUUUUCACCUCAGUCAUAAAAAAAGCAGUAAUAGAAUAUCCAGAAGUAUACAGAGAAAAAGUUUUUCAACUUAUACAAAGACUAGAAAUGGACUUUACACAGUUUUGGAUAUACAGAGAUAUAUAUCCUAAUUCUGAAAGCCUUGGAGUUACACCAAUGCUAAUACAAAAAUCAUUUGCAAACUUUGGAGAUGAAAAACGAUUGAAAAACAUUCUGAUUAAAGCACUACAUGGGUAUGCAAUUCAACUACCUAUAGUAGGAGGUUCAAUUUCUCGUGGAGCUCCAUUUGCAGAGAGCGGAGAAGGAGAUCGUGUAUACUUUAAUGCUAUAGUAAAAUGGUGGAAUGAUAUAUUUAUGUCAAUAACCACUUCAAAAAUGCAAGCAAAGUCUAUUUCGAUUGGUGGUGUGGGAACAGACUAUUUUUCAUACUGUUUAAACUCACAUCUAAGUGAAGAUGCUGAACCAAAAAUGAUAUUAUGGGAACUAGCUGCUAAUGAUCGUGGAAGAUAUGAUGACAAACCAUUUCCACCAGGACAACCUCUAGAACAAUUUACGAGAAAUAUUUUACAAAGAGAAUCAAAACCAGCACUUUUUUUUCUAAACUUUUUUCGUGGUCAUGAUUAUUUAGAUGGUAAAUGUAUGAACUAUGAAGAUGAAGGUGGAUUACUUGUAGCUAGACACUAUAGGAUAUCAUCAAUAAGCUGGAGAAACUUUGUGUGUGAUGAAAUAAAACAAAUGACACCAGGAUUUUCUAUUGAGACACUGUUUUCUGCUGACAGGCUUCAUCCAAGUAUAUUAGGUCAUGCACAAAUGGCCUUUUUAGUUAUAAAUCAUAUUAAAAAUAGUUUUUUACGAAUGCUUAUAAACCAUGCAUCACGAGUUCCAACAAUAGCAGAUUUUCAAGAGCAAACAUAUAACCAUGGCGAUAUAGUCCUAGCAGAUAUUUUAUAUCAUGAAACGUCAAAUAAUAAACCAUUGUGUUAUACAUAUCUUAAGUACAACGAAUUUGAACCAAACAAUACAUUAGCUAUUAAUAUUAUUCGUCAAGAUGACUUUCACUUUAACGUUUUUAAAAAGUUUAAAAUACGCUCAGAUGAACUCAGAGGAAUGCAAACAUAUCUUUCUGAGCAAUUACUACAGAUUAGUUUUGAUUUAAUCCAACCCUAUUCAAGACUUGUAAUAACUACACAUAGUUCCACUGGCAGUAGUCAGACAUGGUUAGAUGCAGAUACUCCUGUAAUAAUUGAAACUGAUAAGUAUCACAUGGGUACAAAAGUUGAGUUAAUUACAACAAAUUUAAAAGCAGGAAUGCACAUACUAAGCAUUUUAUCAACACAAAACGGAUUUGUUGUUUGUGCAAUUAGUGUUAUAUAGUUUAAAUAUGAAUUUUGAAAACAAAAAAAAUUAUUUUAUUUGAAGAUCAAAAUACUGCUAGUUGGCCAGUUAAUUAUGGUCAUUAAAAAAGAUUGGAUUCUAUGAAACGAUUGAAAAUUGAAAAAAAAAAAAAAGAGAAAAAAAAUUUUUAA